UUUUGUUUUGGCUCCAUUAUAAUUUCCUCACUGGAGUCCUCACUUAUAUGCAAAAAUCCAGAACCCAGAUCCAACCGUUGUGCAUUUUCUCGCUUUACCUCAUUUCUGAUCUCUCUUCCUCUGCAAGUAUUUGCUGCAAUUGCAGGGUGUCUUCUCGUUAAGAGCAUUUGAGUGUUUCAUCAUAUGCAAUUAUUGGCUCUGAUUGCUUUCUGAGGCUGAUUCAGCUAGCUGAUGUUACUCGAGGUUGGGAUGAAAGGCUGAAGACUAGUUUGUUGGAGAGAUUAAUUCUUGAAAGUUUAAUGGCAAGUGUUUAGUUUGUUAGGCUUGUAUAUGACAAACAAAGAACUUUAGAAGCACCUUAGGAUUUGAAAAGAUGGAAGAAAUACAAUCCCAAUCAGAUCACUAUAGGUCCUCAUCAUCUGAAGCUAGUAGCCCAGCAAGUAGGGUGCCUUCAAGCAAUUUCUUCUACUUAAGAAAACUGGGUGCAUUUAGACAACCUAUUUCAUUUGAGGACUCACCUGACUGGGAAGACACGGAUAUUGAAGUGAAGGUGGACGAAGGGGGAGCUGACUCAAUUAAUGCUGCUACUUCUCCCGGCUCCCCUUCCCUUUCGAAGAUCAAUAGUGGCUCGCUUCCAUCACCUCCUUUGCCCGAGGGGGCUAAUGUUGCACGAAAGACUGCAGGGGCCUCAAUUGCAUGGAAGGAUUUGACAGUUACUAUAAAGGGUAAAAGAAAGUACUCUGAUAAGGUCAUUAAGAGUUCAAAUGGAUAUGCAUUCCCGGGGACAAUGACAGUGAUCAUGGGUCCCGCCAAAUCGGGCAAGUCAACGCUCUUAAGGGCUCUUGCAGGGAGACUGCCUGAUUCUGCUAGAACUUUUGGCGAGAUAUUUAUUAAUGGUGUCAAAUCGCGCUUGCCAUAUGGAGCAUAUGGAUUUGUUGAAAGAGAAAGCGCUCUUAUUGGAUCAUUAACUGUGCGAGAGUACCUUUACUACUCAGCAUUGCUUCAGCUUCCGGGCUUACUUUAUAAGAAGAGGAGUGCGGUGGAGGAUGCCAUCCAUGCCAUGUCAUUGGGGGAUUAUGCAAAUAAGCUCAUAGGGGGGCACUGUUAUAUGAAGGGUCUACGCAGUGGUGAGAGAAGACGAGUUACAAUCGCCCGGGAGCUCGUGAUGAGACCACAUAUCUUAUUUAUUGAUGAGCCUCUGUAUCACCUUGACAGUGUAUCGGCACUUUUAAUGAUGGUUACCUUGAAGAAGCUUGCAAGCACGGGAUGCACUCUAAUAUUCACCAUUUACCAGAGCAGUACAGAAGUGUUUGGCCUUUUCGAUAGAAUUUGUCUUCUCUCUAAUGGAAACACAUUGUUCUUCGGGGAAACCCUUGCUUGUUUGCAGCAUUUCUCGAAUGCUGGAUUCCCUUGCCCAAUCAUGCAAAGUCCUUCCGAUCACUUUCUGAGAGCCAUAAAUACAGAUUUUGAUAGGAUUAUUGCCAUGUGCAAAAACUGGCAGGACGACCAUGGGGAGCUUUCAUCAGUUAAUAUGGACACUGCUGUGGCGAUACGCACUCUUGAAGCAACAUAUAAAUCAUCUGCAGAUGCUGCUGCUGUCGAGACUAUGAUUUUGAAGCUCACUGACAAGGAGGGUCCGCGUCUCAGAAGCAAAGGCAGGGCAAGCUGCGCCACCAAAAUUGCAAUACUGACUUGGAGAUCUUUGUUGAUCAUGUCUAGGGAAUGGAAAUACUAUUGGCUUCGUUUAGUUAUAUACAUAUUUCUGGCACUAUGUAUUGGUACGGUAUUUUCUGGUUUGGGGCACUCGCUAUCUUCAGUCGGGACGAGAGUUGGAGCUAUAUUUUUAUUCGUAUCUUUUACAUCGCUUCUGAGCAUAGCUGGUGUCCCCGCACAGCUCAAAGACAUCAAGAUCUUCAUCUGUGAAGAGGCAAACCAGCACUCUGGGACAUCAGUUUUUCUAGUCGGACAAUUACUCUCAAGUAUCCCGUUCUUGUUUCUCCUCUCCAUCUCAUCGAGUUUGGUCUUCUAUUUCCUAGUCGGGCUGAGGAACGAUUUCAGCUUGUUGCUGUACUUUGUCCUCAACUUCUUCAUGUGCCUUCUAGUUAACGAUGGACUGGUGCUACUCGUUGCUACUAUCUGCCGAAACACUUUAAGGAGCAUCAUAAUAUUGGUGAAUAUACAUAUGGUAAUGAUGCUUGCAGCCGGACUCUUUAGGAUUCGAAGUGCGUUGCCCCGGGCAGUAUGGAUGUAUCCUACAUCAUACGUCGCUUUCCACACUUAUUCUAUCCAGGGGCUCUUGGAGAACGAGUACAGUGGGACGUCGUUCGCGGUGGGGCAGGUGAGGUCGUUAUCAGGUUAUCAGGCCCUCCAAAACGUAUACGAUGUAUCGGUUGACAGCGACUCUAAGUGGAAGAAUUUGGUGAUUCUGUUUGUGAUGGCGGUUGGUUAUCGCCUUGUUGUUUUUGUUUUGCUGCAAUUUCGUGUUAGAAAGGCCUUGUUUUCUCGUUGCGUUUCACGUUGUAGUAAAAGCACCAACAAUCCCAGAUAAAACCAGUCAUCGCUGAAUGUAGUCACAUUUUGUUGCCUUUUUUUGACGAGGUAAAGAUGGAAUCUCUUUUUUAA